CCCUCGUUCAUGUGCCCCGAGCCGUCCUACCCCGUCAACUUCAUACACCCGUCUCCUCUCCAACAGGCAUCUGCCCUACCUUCGCUUAUGUAACCUCUACUCCACUACUAUCCCGCUGUCUUGGUACCCUAAACCUUCCAUUCCUUCUCUCUCUCCGCCAUCUCUCUAUUUAUCGAGCCUCGUGCCUGAAUGUGGAAGUCUCUCCAUCCCUCCUGCCUUCCAGUCGACGUCUGCUGAGCACGCCCAUACAUGAUGCUCAAAAUGGCACCCAUCCUGAUCCCGCGAAUCCUCGACGGAGGCAGGCCAAACUUCGAUGCCCGCGGUAUCGUCUACGUCCUCUUCGCCAUACUAUACACCAUCGUCCUGGCCGGCGAGCUCUACGUUCUAUACCGCCGUCGUUCAGCUUUCUGCGUCCGGAUACGAAGCCUCGAGGUCGUCUUCACCGCCGUGUCUAUGCUUCACGUCUAUCUCAUCCUAGUGCUCUUGGUGUAUCCAUUGAAUGGGAGGUUCCCGUGCUCGGCCGAAUUCUGGAUCAUGUCCGUCUUUCUUCCAUCUGGAAUGGCUUUCUUCCAAGCCUGCAAUGCCAGAGUCCUGAAGGCUUAUGAAAGCCAACGUCGGCUGCGAAAAGACUUCCUCGCGGGUGCCCGCAAGAAACGGCUCUCGUUCACUCCUCGGGGCUUGUACGAAGCCUGGCAGGAUCUUGAUGCAGCAGCCAAGGUGUAUGUGGGAACAGCUGCAGGUUUGGUUAUUUCGUUUCUCCCGGCACUCAUCCUCUUCUUUGGCUCGCGCCGCUUCCACGCGUCCUACGGAUUCUUCGGCCCUGCGGUAGGCGCAAUACAGUGCCGUCGUGGCGGGGAGUGGGUGCCUUCUAUUCUGGUCCAGCUAUUCUGGACAUCGAUCGUCGGUCCGUGGAUACUGUGGAAGAUCCGGCGCGUAAACGAUGUCCACUCCUGGGCAUGGCAGAGCCGACUGGCGAUUAUUGCGGGACUGCCCGGCACGCCGCUGUGGAUGGCGUUUACCUACGGCAAAAUGCCGGCGAUGAUUUCCAUUAAUAAGUUCUUCGCCCCCGCUGGAUGGUUCAUCCCUUCCCUGGUUGUCUGUCAGCAGGUCCUCAUUCUCAUUCCGCUCCGCGAUGCAGCCAAGACGCAAACUCGCCGAGAUUCAAUUUCCUCGUCGACAGACACCGACACCCUCACGUCAACACCCUCCAUCAGUUCCCAGAAAUCUCCGCUGGCAAUUACGAGCAAAGAGUUGAAGCCGAAGACAUCCAUGCAGACCCUCGAGUUCUGCAUCGAGCAUAGGAUCGAGCCUUUGAUCGAGUGGGCAGCCUCGCGCGAGUUUACUGCCGAAAACACCAUCUUUCUGCGCGAGGUGCGGAACUUCAAAAAGAAAUGGGGUUCCCUACGCACCGUGACAACGGCACAGAGACGUCAGAUGCACACUGAAGCGUCGCUCAUUUUCUUCACCCUCAUCAACCCCUUCACCGCCGAAGCCCCGAUCAACAUCGAAUACAAGAUCUUCAAGAAGCUCCAGCGGCAGUUCGAGGGUAUGGAGUAUGACCCGUAUAUGCCGACCCGCAGUCGUACUCCUACCGAUCCGCUAUCGCCAACCGCCAGGGAGAAUGUCGUGUGUCCGUGGGAGAGCACACUGGAUCGUCCCGCGAGUAUCGAGUCGAACAUAACCGCUUCCAGUACUUCCAGCACCAGGAGCAUCGUUCCGAGCGAGUUCACCGAAGAAAUUUUCGAUCCGGCAUUCGAAAGCAUCAAGUACCUCGUCUUCACCAACACGUGGCCGAGGUACGUUGAGGCGGAGUUAGCAAGCAACGCUCGCUCGCCAUGAAAGCGGACGAAAAGAGAUUGGACUCCAGUUCAUCAUUCACAAGGACGGAUCAAUGUUUUAUCACCAAUCCGGGAAAAUCAGGACAUCUGGACAUGCUCACUUCCCAAGCUACAACCUCUCAUCCAGCUUUUAGGCUGGCCGCGAACCAGAGAUCGGCUAAUACGGUAACGUCCACCACUGGCUUCUCGGUCCGAACUCUGUUCACACACCCACGGCA